AUGGUCCAACUACAUAACUUUUUAUUUUUCAUUACUUCUAUGGUCGUGCCUCGUGGCACGGCAGCACCCUUACUAUUGAAAUGGUUCGUCAGUAGAGAUGUUCCCACAGGUGCCCCUUUUUCCAAUGGGACUAUAAUUCCUAUUCUUAUCCCUUCAUUCCCUCUUUUGGUCUAUCUACAUUCCAGGAAAUUCAUACGCUCCAUGGACGGAGCAAAAAGUGGAGUCUUGGUCAGAGCAAGCCGCCCUAUUCUAUUACCAGACAUAAUUGGGAGAAGCUCAUCCGAAACUAGAGCUGGAAACGCCUCAUUUCGUUUCGUUCCCGUUCUUCAUUUCCUUCUUCUCGAAUCCAAGGGGGACUUCUCAUAUUUAGAAUCUUUCUGCGGUGUGCUCUGUUUACUAUUCUUUCGUACUCUCUUCUCUUUACCACGCGAUAGGUCAGCAAAGCGUGAGCGGGCGCGGAGAAGGAAACGCCAAACACUUCGGCCUAAGCCUAACGGGAAUGAGCAACAACGAAAUGACAAGAUGGGGUGCUCCGGGCACCCCCAUUUAGAAAGAAGGGUCGAAGGUUUUGGGCCUGUAGCUUUCCCCGUCCCCCCUUCGUCGGGUGGUGCUUGUGUGGGGGGUGUGCCACCUGAACCUGAAAUCGGGCUUGAAGCUCUCGCCUUACCAACGAGCCGACAGCUGAUGGCUGUUGGUCACGACUACCACCAAAAAGCUCCAAUGAAGAUGAAUAUUUCACAUUUUGGAGUGUGCAUCUGUAUGUUGGGUGUUCUUCUGUCUAACACAAAGAAGAUACAGUUCACUCAACGAUUGCCUUUGGGUUCCGAACUCCAUAUGGGGAAGGAGCGUUGUUGUUUCCGAGGUCUCGAUCAUUUACAUGGACCCACUUCUCAUUCCAUUUGUGGGAAUUUGAUGAUCUAUAAACCGUCCCUAACGAAUGAUCGCCUCAUGUUUGAGCAUGAUGAAUCACUUCGUGCCGACCUGUUGCCAAUAAACUUUCCGGCCUCAUAUGAGAAUGGAAAACUGGAUAAUUUUCUGCAUCGGUGGAUGAAAAAUCGCGAACAUAAUAAUUUUUUGUUGAUCAUGUUCCCAGAAAAAAGAUACUUUAGAGAAACAACGAGCACGACUGAAGUGGCUAUACAUACAAAUCCAUUUACGGAUAGAUAUGCUUCGAUUGGAACUGGAAGUUCCAGAACAGGCGGCUGGUAUACCACCAUAAUGAAACUGCCUUUUCUUUUUUUUAUUCGGAUAGGAUUUAUGUUGGCUUCGUCGGGAGGCUCGCGUAGUUUGUUACGUCAGCUCCAAAAGGAUAAGUUGCGUUGGAAUCGAGAAAGUUCCGUGGAAUUCAAAAUUGCAUUAAUAAAAUAA